ACGUGUGUUAGCCGUUAGCUUUAGCGGUUAGCUAACUGCAGACAGGACCAGGAGACGUCAGCUAACAUCGCAAGAAAUUGAAAAUACAAGGGUUACAGGCUGCAAAUUACUUUAUGUUCUUCCAUGAGCAGAGAUAAUGAGGAAAAGGACAGUCACUGAUAAACCUUGGAGUCCUCCUUCCUGCAUCCGGCCUCAUUCAGGACAGGACACUGAAAAGACUGGAUCCCCAAGUGAGGAUGUGCUGCACACAGGAGAUUGUUUUUGGAAGGAAUCUGUGAACAUAACACCAAGGGUUGAAGAACGAGCCGUAUCAGCAGCUGAAGAAGAAGAGCUGGAAAUGAAAGACUGGAGGAACACACAGUCGUCGGGUCCAGGAGAAACAGGAGGGAGGGCUCAUACUCCUCCGCUUGUUGAACCUCUCCAUACACAUGAGGUGAAGGAGGAGGAAGGGCAGAGAGAGGGUGAGGAGGCUCAGGAUGAAGAUCUCGCAGCGCCCUUGGAGCUGAAAUUAAAGUUCCUCAGAGCUGUGGUGGACAGAGAGUUGCCGCUCGCCCAUAAGCUGUGUCAGCUCAUUCUCAUCUAUGAACCAGACCAUCUUGAGGCCUCUGAGUUUCUCUCGCUCAUCCAGAAGAAGCUGCUGGAGGAGCAAGAGGAAGAGGAGAGCAACGAGGAAGAUGAGGAAGAAGAUGACGUUAGCGAUGAUGAUGAAGACUCCUCUUCUUCCUCAUCUGAUGAUGAUGAUGAUGAUGACAAUGAAGAAGACACAUAAGUGAACAGACACACGUCAUCUCCCCUUAAAUCUAUUGGACUAAUCUCUCUUGACUCUACUAUAGGCAUCUUUUGAAAAAACAUAUUCUACAUUUUAAUACAGAAUCACCUUGGUCUUGAUCAUUUUGUAGAUUUGAUCUAUUUUCCAUUAUUGACCUGUAUAUAAAACAUAUACUGUGGACAAAGCUGAUGCACUCAGGGUAAGAAAGUUAUUAAACCUCUGCUGAUAUAAAUCUAAUCAUCUGUGAACCUGAAGAGAAAAGUUUAAAGAUUUAGAGAAAGGGUUUCACUUAUAAAACGUUUGUUCUGUACUGUGCACACAAUACAUGAACUUGUCUGCACAUGGUAAAUGUGAAUAACGCAAUGAUAAUAAUAAUAAUAACUUUAAUAAAAAAAAAUCCAAUGCAUCUCAAACGAUUCAGACGACAUGAACUAACGUUACAAACUAACUGACAGAACAUCGGUAAUGACUGUGUUGCAUGUAUGUUUUCCAGCUCCAAGACGUUUUGUGUACUCAGGCUCGAUAUCUAACUGAGACACAAACUAAUUUGAGCUUCAUGUAUUUAACCACAUUUGUUCUUUACCUGUAAGUCCUGAAGUCUUUGGACUUGUGACCUGUUGAUCAGUUUGUCUGAUGUGAUAUCGACGUCAGUUUAGUGACUGCGUGUCUUUUUGAAAAAGGGAUUAACGCUUUGAUGAAGUCAGCAUACAAAUCUCAACUGAUGGAAAUAAACUGAGUAAAAUGGA